CUUUAGAAGACUUUGAUUUCAUUUCAUAUUGUUUCCAAAGCUCUCAACAACCCAAAUCUUUAAUUAGAGCUAGUAAAGCCCUAGAUGGGAAGGGGAAAGAUAGUGAUCCGAAGGAUCGAUAACUCAACGAGCAGACAAGUUACUUUCUCGAAAAGAAGGAAUGGAUUGUUGAAGAAAGCUAAGGAGCUCGCGAUUCUUUGCGAUGCUGAAGUUGGAUUGAUUAUUUUCUCCAGUACUGGCAAGCUCUAUGAGUUUUCUAACACCAGCAUGAAAUCAGUUAUUGAACGAUACAACAAAACGAAGGACGAACGUCAACAAUUGCACAAUCCACUCUUAGAACUCAAGUUGUGGCAGAGAGAGGCAGAGAUCUUGCGGCAACAACUACAGGAAUUGCAAGGAAUUCAUCGGCAAUUAUUGGGAGAGGAGCUAUGUGGUUUGGGCGUAAAAGAACAAACAAAUCUGGAGAAUCAACUGGAAAUGAGCUUAAGGAGCAUCCGUACGAAAAAGGAACAAAUAUUGAAGGAUGAAAUUCAAGAGCUAACUCGAAAGGGGAGCAUGAUACAUCAAGAAAAUUUGGAACUCUACAAGAAGGUAAAUCUCAUUCGACAAGAAAAUGCAGAAUUGUAUAAAAAGGCUUAUGGUACAAGGGAUGCUAAUGCAGUGAAUGGAAACAGUACCAACUAUCCCUAUCGCUUCACAGUGAGUAGAGAAGUUCAGGCCCCCAUCCAUCUGCAGCUAAGCCAGCCUGAGCCACAAAAUUUUGAGAUGCAAGCAGGAACAUCCAACUCAAGGUAGAUGUGAAUGGUGGCAGUAAAGAUCAAUGAUUUAACAACCUGAACUGCAGAGCAGCAGAAGAGGAAAAACUAAAACAAGGAUUGUAGUGUUUCUAUGAUAUAAUAUUAGUGUGGAGAUGCAAAGGCAUCUCAUGAAGUGUACUAUCUUAUUCAUAAUGGUAGCAUACAUUACCUGUGCUGCCAAUGUAAUUCAAACACUUGAUAUUGCACAUACGGAAAGCAGAGGCAUCAUAACUCCAAAG